UUGACAAAGCAAUGCAUAUAUUGUGGCCAACUAAUGUAAAAUACGACAAUAUUUUGCUUUUUAUAUCUGACGCGGCUCCUUAUAUGAAGAAAGCGGGUAGUACAAUUCAAACUUUGUACCCGAAUAUUAUUCAUUUAACUUGUUUGGCUCAUGCAUGUCAUAACGUCUGUGAAUAAGUACGAGCAUAUUAUAAAAAUGUAGACCCGUUAAUUUCUGAAAUGAAAAAGACAUUUUUAAAAUGUCCUAAGAGAAUCACAGUUCUGAAAGAAAAAUGUCCAGAAUUGCCAAAUCCACCUAGACCGAUAAUUACACGUUGGGGUACAUGGAUUAAUGCAGUAAAAUACUAUUGUACAAAUUUCAAUGAACUGAAAUCUAUAAUUGAAGAAUUCGAAGAAGAAUCUGAAUGUGUGAGAGCAGCUAAAAGACUUUUUAAAAUGCCAUCAAUACAAAGUAAUCUGGUGUAUAUUGUAUCUAAUUUUGGAUUUUUGCCUGGCACAAUUACAAAACUAGAAACAAGAGGUGUAUUACUAUCGAAAAGUGUAGAUGUUGUAAAUAAUAUACAGAUUAAACACGAAGAAUGCAAUGGCAAAAUAGCUAAAUUGAUUUUGGAUAAAUUCAACAAAGUUAUAUCGAAGAACAAAGGAUGGGAAAAUAUUAAAAAGAUCAACCAAGUAUUGAUUGGAGAAACCACAAAUGAUGACGAUCUAUCAAGUAGCAAUCUUAAUUUAGAUAAUUAUUUAAGUAUGAAAUACGCCCCGAUAACUUCGGUGGACGUAGAAAGAUCGUUUUCGAUGUACAAAAAUAUUUUAACUCCUAACCGACCAACCCUACUCGAAAUUGGGUUAAGCCCAAGUAUACCAAAAAGAGAAACACUUACUCCUGGUCGAAUGGAUUGGUCAAUCUUUAAAAAAACUUUAAAUGAUAACAUAAAACUAAACAUUUCCUUAAAAACAACAGACGAAGUAAAUGAUGCGUUGGAUUUUUUGACGUUAUCAAUACAGUCCGCUGCUUUGAGCGCCUCCAUUACGAAAACUAACAAAUCCUCGCAUAAUAAAACACCGCAUCACAUCCAAAUCUUACUAGCAGAGAAACGCAUGGCUAGAGCCAAGUGGCAAAAAUCAAAAUACCCCAAUGACAAGAUUAAACUUAAUCAAUUAAGUAACAAACUUAAAAAGUUAAUUAGGAAGCAUACAAAUGACUCUUACAAUUCAUAUGUUGAAGCUCUCACAACAACCAACUGCUCCUUAUGGAAGGCAACUAAAUCCCUACCACGGUUAAAACAACCUUCUCCCCUCUUCGUAAAGCAGAUCACUCUUGGGCUAUCACUGACCUCGAAAAAGUUAACAUAUUCGCUGAGCACCUAUCGAAAUGCUUUACUCCUCAUGAUAUUCAGCCUAGUGCAUCACAACUAG